AUGCAGCAGGUAAAUGGACGCCGGGCGUCUAGUAGCUUGUCUGCGCUGAACUCGCUACGGGAUUGGUUUGAUGCCGUCGAUACGGAUCAUUCGGGUACUCUGUCGUGUGAGGAGCUCCAACGGGCACUGAUGAAUGGCGAUGGCUGGACACCCUUCAACAUGGAAACUGUGCGGAUGAUGAUGAACAUGUUUGACCGCGACGGCAACGGGACCAUUUCCUUUAACGAAUUUAUCGGACUAUGGAACUACAUUGAGAAAUGGAAGGCCUGCUUUCAGACCUACGACCUCGACGGCUCAGGAACUAUUGAUUCGAUGGAGUUGCAAAAGGCCCUCAGAGGAUUUGGUUAUAACCUGAGCGAGGUCACUGUGGCCUUGAUCAUGACCAAGUACGACGUUCGCGGUCGUGGCGAUAUCAGCUUUGACAACUUUGUCCAGUCCUGUGUUACGGUCCAGACACUCACGGAUGCCUUUAGACGGAUCGACAUCGCUGGAACGGGUAUUGUCACCAUGACUUACGAACAGGUAACGCUUCUGGCGGUCUAG